AUGUCUCAUGCGAAAGACCAGCACUACUGGGCGCAGUUGCGAGCGGCGCUGACGGCGGGUGACUGGGCGUCAUCUACCCCGGCGAAGACACCGAAGGGGGCGCCUCUCUCUUGGUCGGAACUUCUGCGCAAGUUCAACAAGCACGCCAAGGGGUUCACGGACGUAGCUGAGGUCGCGUCACAAACUCAAAAUCUUGGACUAUUGCUGAGCGGGAGCCUCGAGAACAAAGCGUCAGACGGGCAGGAGACUCCUUACGGAUGUUUGCACCUCGGUGACGAGUGCGUCUUACCAGAGGAUAGGUUGGAGGAUGCCAGGGCUGGAUACGAGGCAUUGAAGAAGCUGAACGCGCCCAAUUACGACUCUCUAAAACUUGCUCUUGCAUACUAUGCUUAUUCCCUCGGGAGACCAGAAGAAUGUCUCUCCUACAUAGCGAGUGUCCCUAACAUAUCAGACCUGCAAAGUCGCUUGACUCCACCCGCGAGCAUGAGGUCGGAGGCAGCGACUCUCCAGAUCCCCAGCACGCGCGCCGACACGCCUGCAUCUUCCUGGGGUGGAAGCGUCGCGUCCCAUGACUCCGCGUCUGCCGGGUUCCCCGACAUCAACGACGGACGAGCUUGGGCUUUAACGGAAAGUAUCAGAAGCGUCUGCCUGGAAGGCAUGUGCGCCGAGAAACUACGUCCGGAUAACAUGCAGAAAGCCGUGGAGAUCUACUCGGCCGCCCUCCCCCUCAUCACCGUCCUCGAGUCCGAGCUACCACGACCCGUGCCCGCCCCGUCCUCCAACCGCGGCGCCAGUACCCUCGAGUUCAGCUCGUUCACGCGCUACCGCGAGCUCUGGCGGUGGGCGGAACGGCUGCUCUGGCGUGCGAUCAUCCUCACCGCGCGCACGACCGAGCUCGGGCGCGACACGAGCGGGCCGCUGUGGACGCUGCUGAAGCAGUACUACGUGUGCAGCGCGCACUGGCCGCCGACGUUCCGGACAGAGCACCGCGCGACGGUCGCGGUACUGCACCUUCGCGCGAUCGUCCUCCAGGCGCGGGCGACGCCGAAGCCGCCGAACCGAAUCCUCUCGACGAGGGAGGCGGCGAAGCCGUCAUCAUGGCUCGGGAUUGCGCGGCCGGUGAUUCAGGAGUAUAGGGUGAUCCUGAAUGUGAGCACGACGUUCCCGAAGGCGGGGGAGAGGAACGUCAAAGUGGAGGAUUUCGUGGACCUGUGCGUGGCCGUGUGGGAGGCGAGCGGGGCGGUUGGAGACUACGCCGGCUUGGUGAUCGACGUCCUCUGGUGGGCAACGCGCCUCACAUUCAACUCGUACCGCAUCUUCCGCCACAUGUCGCGCCUGCUGUACGUCUCGGGCGACCCCGAGCUCGCCAAGCGCUCGUUGCGCCUAUAUGUGCAGGUCGUCGGCAAGGCGCGUGAGACCGCGGAGGCGGACGCGCGGGCAGGGAACGAGAACAGUGCGUCUGUGCUCGGUGCGGCGCUCGACGCGGACACGGAUCGGCAUUGGGUCGAGACGCUCGUGCAGGGUGCGCGGAUGCUGUGCCGGCUCGCGGGGGCCAAGCCUGGGGGCGAGGGGAUCGAGGAGGCGAAGGAGGCGGGGGUUAUGGUCGAGAAGGCGAGGACGAGGCUUGAUGCGGAGGAUAAGGAACUCGCAGCCAGCGUCGAUUUGGCAGAGGGUAUUUGGAGUAUGAUGAUGGCUAAUAAGGAGCUCGAUCCGCGUACAAGGCCUGAUCGGCUGUCACAUGCACUCACGAUGUUCCAGCGUUCUGUGGGCACGUUUGCUACACCUUCAGGGCAUUACCACCUCGCGCUGGCGUUCACCCGCCCUGGUCCAUCGCGGGAUUACGAGAAGGCGAUCGAGCAUGCACGGCUGGCGGUUGAGGCUGAGCCGGAGGAAAUACGAUAUUGGCAUUUGCUGGGACUGCUUUUGGUGGCCACCGGUGACUGGAGGGGGGCUCGGAGCGUACUCGAGCUUGGUGCUACCGUUGGGGAAGACCCGGACGAAGCUCAGGAUGCUCAAGACGCUCAGGGCGCCGCCACGGAAGAACUCAAUGGCCAGAACGUUAGGACGAAGGACUUUGGUGUUUCCAAUGGAACUGGGACGGCCCCUGGAUAUUCUGUCGACGGUGGCUCUCCAGAUGAACACGGCGGUGACUCAGGUAAAGCAUCGCCUGACCCUCAGUGCGGGGUCCUUGUCAAGCUUCUGGAUCCGGAUAUGCACCGGCUCCCUCCGCCUGAGUCGUUGCUCCGACCAUUGCCCGACCACCCGGUCCCUUCUCGACACGAUACGUUCGAAUAUGCGCUGCAGUUGCGUAUGACGCAGCUGGCUCUGGCUGAGAUGGUUGAGGGGCCGGAAGGUGCACAGACGAAGGCACCGGAGGUCUUCCGCUGGUUUGCCGAGAAGAGAGGUACAGGUGAAUCACGGAGGGAGUCAAUAGAUAGUAACAGAACGUCUGUGGAGCUCAACCGGUUAUCUACUUUGGAUCUGCCCCAGCAGGAGCCGCUGUCGCAAGUCUCUGAAAAGCGUCAUUCGCUGGAUGUCUCACAGCAGACAAAGUCUUCGGAAACCGAGCGGCCGUCGCCUAUUUCCAUCAACGUCGAACCCGCUACCCCCGUUGUUCCUUCGAAUGGCUUCCCAUCUGGCGAAGACGGCUUAUCCGAGAAACGGUCGACUUCGCUGGAGAAGGACCGGGAUGGCGGCAAGAAGGUGCAACAGAUGCUGAAGAGUCGAGUGCACAAAGGACAGGCGAGGAUCUCGACCAUCUCGAAAAAGAUAGGGCAUGGCGUGACCAGGAAUGGCGUUGUUAACCAUCUUCGCAGGACCAAUUCAGCGCCGAACUUCCGCGACCCACUGGCCCGCUCUCCUUAUCAAGCCUCCUCUAUCCAUAGGUCUUCUCGGCGAUUCCUUGCUUCACCGAUAUCUCGCUCCCAGCAAGACCUUGCGUUCAUGGAAUCCGCACCGCCGCCGCCGCCUUCAUUAUCGCCUCAACAGCCGUUGACGAAAUGGAAUAAACGUAUGGCCAGAGAGAGGAAGCUGCUCAGCGACCUUUGGUUGAUGUCCGCCGCAACAUUCCGGAGACUAGACAACGUCGACCAGGCCAAGGGGGCUAUACAAGACGCGGAGGUCCAGGAUCCACAGAAUACUGGAGUAUGGGUGCAGCUUGGCCUGUAUUACAUGGCUCUGAACAACCCGCGGCGCGCGAAGGAAGCCUUUCAGAAGGCGUUAUUCAUAUCGACAGACGACAUACCCGCCAUCAUCCACCUGAGCCAGCUGUACCUGACGCAGCCGGGCGCCGCGCUGUCGCCGAUCAGCCCGCACGCAGAGAGACCCGACCCGGACAACGUCGACCUGGCGGCGGGCAUGCUGAACGACCUGACGCGGGGGGUCGGGUGGGAUGUGCCCGAGGCGUGGUACUUCCUUGCCAAGGCUUAUGGGCUGCAGGGACGGAGGGAGCGGGAGCGGGAGUGCUUGACCUUUGCUUUGGGGUUAUCGGUGACGAGAGGGGUCCGGAGUAUCGGUGCUGCUGUCGGAUGGUGCUUAUGAGAGACAGUGCGCGCGAUGGAAAGUUUAAUUUAUGUAUAUACCCACGUCACCCAUAUCUUAAUACAUAUAAUGAACGUGUCCUACUGCUCCUG